UUUUAGUAUCAGCAUGAAGAUUUUGUGCCUACUUUUGCUUGUACAUACAGGCCUUCAGCUCCAAUGCGAUAAAAGUGAAAUCAGAGCACAUAUUGGAGGAGAAUUCAUAAUUGUCUGCAGAUAUGAAAGUAAAUUCCUGUUCAGCAACAAGUACUGGUGCAGAGGACCCUCUAGAUAUAGCUGUGACAUUUUGCGGGAUACCGAUGGUGUUGCAAAACCCAAAAAUAAAAACAGGUUGAGCAUAUCUGAUUUGCCAAGACGCGUGCUGAUUGUGAAGGUAACAAAUCUCCAAAUGGAGGAUUCUGAUGUUUAUUGGAUUGGGAUCGAAAAAAUAAAUGCUGACAUAAUGAAAUCAGUCAAAGUGACUGUUACCCAAGUUCCAGUGUCUAAACCCAGACUUUGGCCCCUAACUUCUCUGGCGGAUGAUGCAACAUGCUUGGGGAAACCACUAACCAUUCGUUGUGGUGGUGCAAUGGGAACCAAUGUUUUUUAUGCCUGGUAUCAGCAUGUUCACCACAAACGUUUCCUGCUCCUCAGCUCUUCAAAUCUAAGCUUACACUGCAGCAUGUUAACAGAGGACAGCGAGUAUUACUGCUCUGCCAGUAACAGCAUCAGCAAUGCUCAGAGUGAUGCCCUUUCGGUGAAGAUCCUCUUGCCUGACAACAGCAGCUGCAUCUAUGUUGCUAAUAUUCCUGGACAGCCUGUUUAUGACUGCGCAGACAGAAUGAGGACCACUGUGGCUGAAACGUCACCAACAACAACCUGCAUAGAAACUGUAAAAAUCCCCACUGACACAUCAGAGGAAUCUUUACAAGUCAAUCAAACUUCUAUGGAUGUGUUUUUCAGCAGCCCAUGGACUGGAGUACCACUGUGGUAUGAGCUGCUGCGAUGGGGUUCUAUGACCGUCUUAAUCAUAAGUCUGUGUAUAUUCAUCAGCUGUACAAAAACAAGUCACAAGAAACAUGGCAGAAGAAGGAAAAAGUUUAAUAUGGGGUGAAUCUAUUUAUUUAUUUAUUUUUUUUUUUGUCAAUUUUAUAAAUUUUAACAUUCCUUGUACAGAUGUAAUCUUUAAAGAAACUGUAUUUGCUUCAAUUUCAAUUUGUAAUUCAAGCUUAAAUGUCCUAAAGCCUACCUGAAGUAGAAAUACUGGAUGUUAUGGCAUGCAAAUUAAUACUUAAGAUAAAAUUAUGCUCUAUAUGCGACUGCACAAGUUUCCAAAAUUUGCUUUUACAUGAAUUAUUAUUGAAUUUUAACAUUUAUAUGGAUAAACAGUUGUUUUGUUGUUUGAACUAUUUGCUUUUAUGCACCUUCUUUAGGGUGUACUAUACAAAAUUAAAUACAUUUUAUUAAGGUUUGUGGUCAUUACAAAGGAUUUAAACGCUUUAUUACACUUACCAAAUAUGUGUAAUAAUGCAAAGUUUAAAAAUAAGCAAAACAUAAAUGUUGUGCAUGUUUAAGGGUGUGCCACAAUUGGAAGCAGAAUUGUUUCUUUCAGGAUUCCAAACUGUUGCAAUCUUUAAUCUUUAUUUUAUUUUUUACAACAAUACUGUUACAGUACAAACAUUUUGUGUUUUUUUUUUUUUUUAUAUAUUUACUAUAUUUUAAAUGUAUUUUAGUGAUAUGUAUAGUUAAGCAACCCGAAAUGUGGUCAGAUGAGACCAAGUCUUAACUUUAAGCCACAUACAAAAUGCUUUAUGGAGGAACACUAAUGCUUUGUAUCACCAUGAAUGCAUCACCGCCCCCUUUUUAAAAAAUAAUAAAUUGGUAUUUUAUUCUUAUUUUACUUUUACUUUAUGUUUUUUCGUUUGUUUUUCAUAAAUAACUUUGAUAAAGCUAAAAACAAGGAGGUAUUUUUUUGUUUUUGGAAAGAUAAUGAGAGAAACUCAUUUUUGUUUUCACUUUAUUUUAUGUAGAUGUUAUACAAUACUUGAGCUUGAAACUUAAAGUUUUCCUGCAAACAUAUGUGUUUAGUUUCACAGUUAUUUUAAUAUAUUAGCUGGUAGAAAAGCAUGACAGAAGUCUAUAAUUUACUCAUGAAAGGAAUGUAGCUAAGUACAAAUUACCUCUGAAUUAUUCUCAAUACAAAAAGAGUGCUGUGGUGGAUAGAGCCCAAAUUCAGUUUUAUUCUGAAAUAUUUUACCUACUGUAAUAAAGAGAUUUAGUUUAAUAUUGUGUUUUAAGCCAGAUUCAGAUAAAUAAUCUGCAACAUCACCCAAACCAAGCAGCACUUGUACUGAACUUUGGUUUAACUGUAGAUGUUGAGGAUCUGUCUUUUCCUCUGUUAGACUGAUAAAAUGUUUCAUUUUAUUUAUCACUAUAUUACAUCUAAAUCCAUUGUGGGCCAUUAAUUGUGAUGCAUUUGAAUACAAGUUGUUUAAUCUGAGUAGAUUGAAAUGAAAUACAUUUCUCAUAUAGUUCAAUAAUGUGUGGUUCAUUAGUGAAUAUAGUUGCCAUAUUCUGAUGGCUAUUCCCAGCAGGACAAAGCAUUGUGUCACAGAGUUCAAAUUAUCUCAGACUGUUUUCUUUGGAUAAUAAUGAAUUCACUACACGUUUUGGGCUCCAGAGUCAAAAAUUGAGCUGUUACUUGCUCAGUGUUUUUGCUUUCCAUCAUUUGUAACAGGUUAAUUUUUGUGCAAAUAUUUUGAUCUGAGCAAUCUUAUCUUUUCUUAAUGAUUAUGUGGUUACUGAAUGGUUACAGACUUGUGAAGAAUAUGGACUUUUUAUGUUUAAUAUAUUGUUUCAAGAUUUUCAUUGCCCCACCCAAAGCAUUAAAAAUGGCCAAACAGAAACCAUAGUUUAUAAAAGAGUGUUUCUGAAAUGGAAGCCAGUGUGUAGUUACUCAGAACAAUAAUGGCACACCCAUAAUUUCCUGAAAUUCAUUCUGUGUUCUCUGCAGGAUGUUUAGAUAUUUUGUUGUGCUCUGUUCAGACAGAUUGUUGGAAGGAGUAGGACAUUGUCAGUUUAUUUUUUAUAAAAUGCUCAAGUCUCACAGAUAUUUUCUGAAAAUUAUUGUGUUACUUCCUGCUUAAAUUUAUUUUGUUUUUAAUUUGGGUCCACUAACACAUAUUGUUAAUUUCUCCAUUUUGCAUAUUUGUCAUUCAGCAACUUUGUACUGUGGUUCUUUUUUUUAGUUAAGAGAAGUCUGCUAUAUUGUCCAACAUUUUACCAUGUGUUAUUUCAAACCUGUCAAGAGGACAGUUUAUAUCUACUUUGACAACUGAUGAUUUUAAGUCUUUUUUAAUUUUAAGAUUGUUAUAUAUCUUCAGCAAAAGAUCUGUCACUUAUUUGUUUGAUUCAGGGAUCAUGAUCUGUCACAUUUUAGACCAAAAGUGGUCCUAAACUGAGAUCAGAACCAACAUUCCAAGUUGUGAAAAAGUGUUCCACUACAGUUCCUCUACUGAAUCUAUUUCUGCUUUCAGAUCAUCACACAAAUUUGAAUAUCAGACAAAGAUAACCUCAAUAAAGACCAAAUUCAGUUUAGGAAUGGUAGUUUUAUUUAUUACGGAAAAAAGACAUCCAUACCAUUGUAACUCUGUGUGAAAAAAAUUAUUAACCACUUUUUAAAUUAUGAGUGCAGUUGUAAUACUACCAAUUUUGAGUUUAAUUUAAAGGCCACAUUCAGGCCUGAUUACAGCCAGACCUAUAGAAUCACUAAAAGAAAUCCAUUAAAUGGACAACGAAAUCAUG